AUGGAAAGCCCUGUCUAUACAACAACGGACGGCACGACAUUAACUGUGCCAAACUGCAUUCGCAAACCCGUCGACACAUUACAGUGCUACUGCAUCAAGCCAGACAAUCCAACAGCAUGGCAAACGAUCCACUACAACUUCAUCUGGACAGUGGACCGCUUCCUCUGGUUAUUGGGCAGUGCCACGAUGUGGUAUCUGGUAUACCAUUACGUGGUGAAGGACGUUUACCAUAAGCUCGAAGCGAAGAAGCGCGCGGACAUUCAAAGGGAAGCGGAAAGGAUGGUGAGAGAGAAGGAAGCAGCCAAGGCGGAGGACGACUUGGUCGAGAGAGCCCUUGAGAGAAUCAGGCGUGCUCGGGCCCUUGGCAAGAGCGAUGUCCAGCUGACCCAAGCGGAGAUUGAUGCUUUGGAACGAGUAGAUCGUGGUCUGAAUCCUCCACGAUUGCCAUCGAUGCCUCUUGCUGCUUCAAAUCCGCGAGCUCAUCCCAGAAGCAAGAGGGCCGCGGCCGUCGACCAAUAG